UCUAAAGAACUUCGAGUCAGCGGGGCCUUCAAGCAUCCAAAAUACGCCGGGGUUGUAAAUGACAUAGCCUUCCUGACGUACUAGAGUUAUAACAUUUGAAUUUCUCUUACAUUCCACGUUCACGAAAUGGAUCCUAUCAAAUAUUUCACAUUUUCUAUGAUCAUCUCUAUUUUAGGUAUUCGGGGAAUCCUCCUUAAUAGAAGAAAUAUUCCUAUUAUGUCAAUGCCAAUUGAAUCAAUGUUAUUAGCUGUGAAUUUGAACUUUUUGGUAUUUUCCGUUUCUUCGGAUGAUAUGAUGGGUCAAUCAUUUGCUUCAUUGGUUCCAACGGUGGCAGCUGCAGAAUCUGCUAUUGGGUUAGCCAUUUUUGUUAUUACUUUCCGAGUCCGAGGGACUCUUGCUGUAGAAUUUCUUAAUAGCAUUCAAGGUUAAAGAUGACUCCUAGAGAAUUACCAAAAUACGAAGG